CCAAACUCACAAUGACAGAGUCCGUCCGGUAGAGCAACAUGCCAUAUUCUGGAUCUUUUGUAUGGAUUUUCCUCUCUUCAUGGGGAAUAAUUGCGGACAGUGUGAGAACUCUACCUCAUGUGAUGAAGUACCAAAUAGUGAUACCUCGGAGGCUGAGAGAGUCAUCUCUCAGUAAUGAUGCGGCUACACAUCAGAAGUACCCUGAUGUACUCCAGUACUCUUUGACAAUUGCUCGCCAAAACUACACACUGCAUCUGGAAAAGAACAAAGAUCUUAUUGGCAAAAACUUCUCCGUGACACACUAUUCUGAUCAGGGCACCCAAGUCACAACUACUCCAGAUCUUAAGGUUCACUGCUACUAUCAUGGGCACAUCGUGGGAGUAGAGGACUCCUCUGCCAGCGUGGCACUCUGCUCUGGAAUAAAGGGCUUCGUGCGUCUCCAGGACCAAAUGUACCUUCUCGAACCUCUGGACGGUGCAGCUGCGGGACAGCAGGAUGACAGACAGAGCUCCAGAGCUCACGGUGACGAGGGUCUUCAUGCUGUUUACAACUACAAACACCUGAGGAGGAAGAGGAGCUCCUGUUCCCAUGGAAACACAACCACGUUCUACGAUCACGGAGCUCGUCCGUCUGGACUGUUCCAGCUCGGCAGCCUGAAAAGCCGAGCCCAGACCAAAGAGCGAACAGGAAAAGCCAAGACAGUGGAGCUGGUUGUGGUGGUCGACCACGCGGAGUAUAGAAAGUUUGGCAGUAAGAAGACAAUAGAGGGCAGAGCGCUUGAAAUAGCAAACCAUGUGGACAAGCUGUAUCGCCCCGUGGGUGUUCGUGUGAUGCUGGUCGGUCUGGAUAUCUGGUCACACAAUGAUCAGAUGGAGGUCAGCACUAACUCUGAGCUCACCCUCCGUCGCUUCCUCGAGUGGCGUCGGCAGAACCUGCUGCAGAGGACCAAACACGACAACGCACAGUUCAUCACAGGUGUGGACUUUGAUGGUUCCACUGUCGGCUUAGCCAACACCAAUGCAAUGUGCACCUCUAACUCUGGUGCUGUCAAUGAGGACCAUAAUACCAACUCAAUCGGAGUGGCCUCUACUAUUGCACAUGAGAUGGGUCACAACCUAGGCUUGUCCCAUGACUCUGAAAACUGUGUCUGUGGCUCCUUGACAUCAAAAAGAGGCUGCAUCAUGGCUGAGAGUGUUGGCCUUGUGUAUCCAGAGAUGUUCAGCAGCUGCAGUCAGCAGCAGCUCAGUAGGUUCUUGGAGGAGAUCAACCCUGCCUGCCUGCUGGAUACUCCCGCUACUCAUCGCGUCUAUGGAGGGCCAGUGUGUGGAAAUGCCUUCCUGGAGCCUGGAGAGCAGUGCGACUGUGGCACUGCAGAGGAGUGCAAGAAUCCUUGCUGCAACGCCACGACCUGUACACUGAAUGCAGGAGCCCAGUGUGCACAGGGAGAGUGCUGCCACAAAUGCCAACUGAAACCGACAGGCAGCGUCUGCCGACCAAAGACUGGAAACUGUGACCUGGCAGAAUACUGCACUGGCUUCUCUGCCUCCUGUCAGACUGACGCCUACACCCAAAACGGCCUGUCCUGCAACCGGGGGAAAGGAUACUGCUACAAUGGACAGUGUCCCUCACGGCAGGAACACUGCAAGAGACUUUGGGGACCAGAUGCUGACGUAGCUCCAGAUGCUUGUUUUCACAAGCAUGGAAACUGCAGAAAGACACUGUUCAGCCAAAGAUGUUCAAGCCGAGAUCAAUCCUGUGGGACACUGUUCUGCUCUGGAGGCUGGGAGUUUCCUGUGACAUCCAGGAAGUCCUUCUACAAAGUAGGGAAUGGAGACAUAUGCAAUGAGGCAACUAUGAACCCUGAAGACAACUACCCUGCAGAUCUAGGCACGGUGCCUGUUGGGACUAAAUGUGGCACCAACAUGGUAUGUUACAAUCAACGGUGUCAAGACUUUCAAAACAUAAAAGUGUACGGAACAAAUGACUGCUCGGCCAAAUGCAACAACCACGGGGUUUGUAACCAUGAGAGUAAGUGCCACUGCGACCCCGGCUGGGACCCACCUUUCUGCAGUGUGGAGCAGUCAGAACUCCCUGAAGAUGCAGGUCUGGUGGUGUUUAUUGUGUCACUGGUGGUCAGCUUACUCCUGCUGUCAGUUCUGGUUAUUGGGAGUUUGAUGUGCUUCAUCAAAAGAAAGCGACCUGCAAAGAGAUGCCUCCAGUCUACCUCAGGACAAUCCAACCCGUUGUUUCGGUCAAUCGGCGCACGAGGCAGCCCUCGCCUCGCGUCCACACACAUCAGCCAGCCUACAUUUGUGGAAUCGUCCGCCACUCAAGCCUGCAAACUUCUGUCCUCUGCUACUGCCAGGCCACAUACUGGAGCACUGAAGCCCAGCAGAACAGCUCCAGUGCCACCUAAGAGAAUGUCAGAUGUACCUCAGCAAUCAAAGAUUCAACAGGUUGUAAGGCCGUUCAUGCAGCCUAUUUCAAGCAAACCAAUCUAUACUGAGAAAAAGUCACUACCUCCAUCCAGACCUCUGCCACCACUUGCAACAAAGCCAAUCAUGAAGCCAAAGCCUCCAAUGCCUCCAGUGAAGCCAAAGCCCUCCUCGGUCCGGUCUCCGCUGCCACACACUCAGCUGCUUGCAGCGAGAGCUGCCCUGAUGCCCCCCAGCAGGCCCAGAUGACAGAGGGAAUAAUUCAGCCUGGUGUAAACACUGAGAGCCUCUGACUGAGGACCUUGUUGUUGUCACACCUAAGGAGGACCUAUAAAUCCUCUCAGGUGACGCUUGUCUGUUUUAAAAUGGAAGCAAGAUCCACUGAAGGAUCCGUGAUGAUUGAAAGAGCUUUUCUGUCACUUGUGGUCUCCCUGAGGAUUACCGCCGUCUGUGUCUUGGUUAUGUAAGCCUUCAGUAUGUUGAUUGCUAAACUUGAAGUUGUGAUUGUGAGACUCAAUUUCAUGUGUUUUAUAGAUGACAAAUGGCGAUGCUGCCAUGAUGAUGUGUUUUAUAUUUUGAAGGGAAAUGUCUCUUCCCUGAUACAUGAUCACUUAACGAGACAAUUGCACUAUUGUUGAGGCAGUAAUUGUUUUACUGCUACUAUUUCCUCACACAGGUUUUGGUACUGCUUUUAAAAGGAAUAAUGCUGUUACAGGAUUUUAAAAUGUCGCACCAACGGGCACUUUACAAAUUGUUUUAAUUUAGGACAUAGGGGCUUACCAGAAUAGGUCUGACUUUUUCCUGAACAUUUUUGUACUAACCUCUCGGUAUGCUUGACAUCGUGAGACUGAACUUUUACACGCCGCUGUUUUGUGUAUUGUUUCGAUACAUGUUGAUAGCAGCCUAAUUCUCCAAGGCAUUUUAUAUUGUAUAUAGGCCUACUGUGCAGCAGGCCCAGCUAGCCCUACACUCACGAGCACGUGGUCCUUCCUCAAAGUGGUGGUGAAGCCUCAAUCUAUCCUGCAAACUUUUACCUGAAAAUUCAUCUGAACCGUUUAUAUUUAUUGAGCUCUUCUGUUUGUCUGUGAGAUGGAGAUAACAAUAAAAGUUGCAUUGCACAAUUACCCAA